UCACCUUCUCCACCAUUUUUCUUCACAACAAAAUAUGCCUUUCAACUGAAACCGCCAUUAACAAAAGCUUCGAACAGUCAGUCAUAUUUCUCUUUUAUUUUUUUUCUUCAUAUUACCUCUUUGUAUCCAUAUUUUGGUUAAUCAUCUAAAUACCGAGAAAUAAGGGAGAAAAGUACAAUUUUUUAUAAAUUUUUUAAAAUAUUUUUUUGUUGGUUUUGGGUAAUAUCGAUUACAAAAUCAGUUUUUUUUCUUCUGUUUUUGUAAACCCAUUUUGAUCUGAAGCGUUAAUUAAUUUCUGGGUGUUGAAGAUUUCAAGCGAAUCUAUUGAUAUACUGUUGUGGUAGUCGUGUUUUUUUCCUUUGAAGUAUUGAAAUCGUGAUCUCAACUCUCAGAUCUGUUUAUGCAUCUGCUGUUAUAUAUGGGCUGAGAUAUAUAUUUCAUGGGUGGCGCAGAGGAUGAUGAACCACUCUCAAAACGUGUGAAAGUAUCAUUUAGAGAAUCAGCAGAUCGUUCGAACGGGACAUUUCUUAGGGAUCCUGUAAGUUCCCCAUUGAGUGACUUGAUGGUUCGUCCUCUGGAAAUUCAAGGGGACGAUGAGGUUGUUGGUAGAAAAGGAGUAGUCAAGAAAGUUGAAUUAGUUCAGAUCAUAACCGAGACGUUAUAUUCUCUUGGCUAUAAGAAGGCGGGGGCGCAACUAGAGGAAGAGUCAGGCAUACCUUUGCACCCCUCUCUAGUAAAUUUAUUUAUGCAGCAAAUCCUUGAUGGGAAAUGGGAUGAAAGUAUAGCCACAUUGCAUAAAAUUGGUCUUGUGGAUGAAAAAAUUGUGAAGUUGGCAUCUUUUAUGAUACUGGAGCAGAAGUUCUUUGAACUGUUAGACAGAGAAAAAGUCAUGGAUGCUUUGAAGACAUUGAGGACUGAAAUUGCACCUCUUUGCAUAAAUAGCGAUAGAGUCCGCGAUCUUUCAUUCUGUAUUAUAUCACCUUCACAACAGGUUGUCUCAGGGGAGUCAGGUCCAGAAAUAAUGAAAAUAAAAUUAAGGACAAAGCUACUAGAAGAAUUGCAGGGACUGUUUCCCACAACAGUCAUGCCUCCCGAAAAUAGAUUGAUCCAUCUGGUUGAACAGGGGCUUGAAUUUCAACUGGGAUCUUGUUCUCUUCACAACUCGUUAAUCAAUGACAUGUCAUUGCUCACUGAUCACCAUUGUGGAAUAGAUCAGAUUCCAUCUCAGACUUUGCAGAUAUUAGAAGGACACAAAGAUGAAGUCUGGUUUUUGGAGUUCUCUCAUAACGGGAAGUGUUUGGCCUCGUCAUCUGCUGAUUGUUCAGUAAUUAUAUGGGAGGUGAAGUUGGAUGGAAGGUUAUGCUUGAAGCACAAAGUUAUUGGUCAUGAGGAGCCUGUGUGCUUUGUAUCAUGGAGCCCUGAUGAUAGUCAGCUUCUCACCUGUGGCCUGGAAGAGGUCGUUAGACUGUGGGAUGUAGACUCCGGUGAGUGUAUACGUCUUUAUGAGAAAAAUGGUCUUGGUUUUAUUUCGUGUGGAUGGGCUCCAGAUGGGGAAAGGAUAUUUUGUGGUGUUACUAACAAAAGCAUUAGCAUGUGGGAUCUUGAAGGGAAAGAGCUGCGGUGUUGGAAAGGCCAUCGGAUUACUAAAAUAGCUGAUUUGGGGAUAACAAGUGAUGGGAAACAGAUGGUCUCUCUUUGUAAAAAUAAUGUGAUACUGUUAGUUGGAUUGGAAUCAAAAACAGAGAAAAUAAUUGUAGAGGAUGAAGCAAUAACUUCAUUUGUAUUGUCCGCAGACGGUAAAUACGUAUUGGUAAGUCUGUUGAAUCAAGAAAUCCAUCUCUGGAGUAUAGAUGGGGUUAUAAAACUCGUACACAUUUAUAAAGGCCAUAAGCAAGAACGCUUCAUCAUAAAGCCUUGCUUUGGUGGAAUUCGUCAAGCUUUCAUCGCCAGUGGAAGUGAGGAUUCACAGGUAUAUAUAUGGGACAGAUGCUCACAACAACUCCUCCGGAAGUUAGCUGGACAUUCUGGGACUGUCAACUGUGUUAGUUGGAACCCAGCAAAUCCUCAUAUGCUGGCAUCAGGAAGUGAUGAUCAGACCAUUCGCAUAUGGGGUUUAAAUCCUGCAAACGUGAUGAAGCACAAUGACGAGGGAGCUGUAAGUAAUUGUGUGGGCGACUGCCAUUGCAGAACGUGAAUUCUUGGAGGUGGAAUGAGCGAGUGAGUCGUUACAAGAUCUCUCUCCAUAACCAGUUGCUUUCGAUGUGUAAUCUCUUUACAUCAUUAAGCUUAACCUUUAAGACAAACAAGAAUGUACAACUUGCAUUCAGUUCAGAAAUAAAUGUUGAACUUCUCCA